GAGAGAGAGAGAGAGAGAGAGAGUCCUGAUCAUCUCGACAUGGAUCAGAAUCUCGGGGAAAAUUAUGCCAAUCCAAAGACAUGUUUUUUUCAUGUCCUCUUCAAGGCUGCAGCUUUGGCAUUCUACAUUUUGUCAGCGCUAUUUGUUAAUAGCUUUGUCAUCAUCUUUGUGAUUACUGUUCUUCUUGCUGCUCUUGAUUUUUGGGUUGUCAAGAAUGUCAGUGGACGGAUAUUGGUUGGUCUAAGGUGGUGGAAUGAAAUAGAUGACCAAGGAGAGAGUGUGUGGAAAUUCGAAUGCCUUGAUCAAGAGUCUUUGGCAAGAAUGAACAAGAAGGAUUCAUGGCUCUUCUGGUGGACACUUUACCUUGCAGCAGUUGCAUGGAUCUUUCUCGGGAUAUUCUCACUCAUAAGGUUUCAAGCUGAUUAUCUUCUUGUGGUUGGAGUCUGUCUUAGCCUUAGCAUUGCAAACAUCAUUGGCUUCACAAAAUGCCGCAAAGAUGCUAAGAAACAGAUUCAAGCAUUUGCUUCUCAGACAAUUGCUUCUCGCGUUUCAUCAACAAUACAGUCAGCAUUCAGCGUCGUGUGAAGUAUUAUCAUACAGAAAUAUGAAGAUUAGGAUGCAGCGGACAUUCAAAGUGUUGGUGUUGUAGUGGGACACCCAACGAGCUUUUUGGUUCAUUCAAGACUAUCAGCUGAUGUUUGCAGAAAUUUGGCACCUAUAUAGUCAGGCUACGCAUGCGUUGUUUAGAAUUUUCUUCUUUUUUGCCUUUACACUCAAAAAGCUGACAGUUAUGGAACUGUAUUAGAGUUUAUUGGGAUAACAUCUGUUGUCAAAUUGAAGAAUGCAACCAUUAAAAGGGAGGUCUAGUACCACCAUUUUCA